AUGGACGGUGGACACAGCCUCAGGAUGGACGUGACUGUCCGUGAGCUCAUGGAGCUCUUUCUGCAGAGCCCGUUGGUGGCGGGGGUGACCCGCCACCAGGCCAGCCUGUUGGACCUGCAGUGGUUGGAGGUCCCAGACAUGGCCCUGGAGGAGGUGGAGUACCUCUCCAGCAACAUGAUCUGUCGCCUCAGGAGGGUCUUAAUUGAGCAAGACCAUUGCAGGAAGCUGGUCGUGACCAUGACCCAGGAGUGGAACACGAGCAUCUGCCCCAGCGAGGACACGCAGCACCUGGCCAUGGAGCUGGCGGACACCAAGGCCACGCUGAGAGGCGUCAGGCAGGAGCUGGAGGAGAAGACGAAACAGCUGUCGGACACCAGGUAUCAGUUGUACCAGCUGGUGCUGGAGCUGCUGGAGGCCCGGCACAAUAACAUGGAGCUGGCGGCCACUGCCCAGGCUGCUCGUGCCCCCCUCCCUGAGCUGGACUCCCUGAGAAAGAAGGUUAACCUCAUGGAGAGGCUGGAGAUGGAGGCGAUGGGCCUCAGGCAGAAGGAGAAAGACAUAGACUUCUAUGCAGCCUGUCCGGCCAUGCUCACCGCAUCUCUGUGUGGAGACUUGGGCACCAUGACUCAGGUGCGGACUGGAGACAAUUAUUCAGUGGACACAAAGGGCCACCUCCAGGAGCAUUGGAUUUGGUAUUGGAUUGAUAAGCUAUUCGAGCGGGAGGAGGAUAAUGUGCAGCUGAAAUUGAAGCUGCACCACCUACAAUUGGACCGGGACACAUACCAGAAAUGCCUUGAGAAGCUGCGGGAAGAUAACAUGGCCCUCAAGACUGCACAGGGGCAGAGUGUGGAGGAGUCCGCCCACCUACGCUGGGAGCUGGAGCAGCUGUCAAAAGGUAAAGCAGAAGCUGAGGCCCCUGGAAUAUGGGCUCUGACUCCACUUUGCUCUUCAGCCUCCAGCUGCUUCCUGAAGCUGGACCAGGAGAAGCAGAGCCUCCAGGGCACCAUCCAGGGGCUGCGGGACGCCUCCCUGGCCCUGCAGGAGAGCAGCCUCCAGCGCCAGGAGCUGGAAGAGGAGAACCAGCAGCUCAGAAAGCAGAUUGAAGACUUGCGAGUCCAGAUGGAAAGAGAAAAGCAGACCAGCCAGGAUCUGGAGACUCUCUGUGAGGAGCUGGUGGAGGAGAGAGAACAGCUGCUCCGUGACAAUAAGACCCUGAAGGCUGAGAAAGCCCAGGAGUUCAAGGAUCUGAAAAAACUGGUGCAUUCACUGCGGGAUAGUUCACAGACCAGCAGCAAGGCCCGCAUGAAGGGCAGGAAGACUGAGCAAAAAGUCCUCCUCCAGACGGUGACGGACACCAAAAGGAAAGUGACCAUGAUGGAGUGGGAGCGGCGGCAGCUGUGCCGGGACCUGGAGCAGGUGAAGGAGCACGUGGUGCGGGCACAGGAGCUGGAGCAGGAGCUGCAUCGGCUGCAGGAGGAGAUCGAGAAGCUGGCCAUGGAGGUCAGCGCCCUGACGACGGCCCCUGAGAGGGUCCACGCCCUCGAGUGGGAAAGCCAGGACCUGUUGCUGGAGAACCAGAGGCUGCAGACGUCUCUGGACACCCUGAAGCCUGAGGGUCUGGAGCGGGACAAGCAGCUGGACACCAGGCAGGUGGAAAAUUCCACUCUGAGCUCCCAGAGCGCCUCGCACACUGCGCUCACAGAGCAGGACACUGAGCUCCAGCACCAGCAGCUGGUGGCAGCCCACCAGGCCCUGCAGCAGGAACACGCGAGCCUAGGCGCACUCCACGAGCACCCGACUAAGGAGCACACGGCCCUUCUGGACAAGGACCGCCGCCAUAAGACACUGCUGUGUCGGACCCUGGAACUGGAGAGCAAGGCUCUCAGUGACAGAUACAAGGACCAGCUCCAACAUAAGGCGGCGCUGGAGCAGCUGGGGACGCUCUUGACCACAGAGCAGGAGGCUCUGCAGCAGGAGCAGAGGACGAGCGCCAUGGCCACCGAGGAGAACCAGAGGCUGCAGGGAGAGCUGGACAGGGCCAAUUCCCUGCACCAGCAGCUGAAGAGGGAGCAGGAGGAACUGCAGACGCACAGCAAGAAGCUGCAGACCUCCCUGAGUGACACCCAGCUGCAGGUGAACUGCUGGCAGGCCCAGUGCGAUUGGCUGAGGAAGGAGCAGGAAGAGCUGCAGAUCUACAACAACGAGCUGCAGACCUCCCUUAAUGAAAUGCAGCUGGAGAAGAACCGCUGGCAGGCCCGGUAUAAGGGGCUGAAGGGGCAGCAGGAGGAGCUGCAGAUGCACAGCAAGAAGCUGCAGACCUCCCUGAGUGACACCCAGCUGCAGGUGAACUGCUGGCAGGCCCAGUGCGACUGGCUGAGGAAGGAGCAGGAAGAGCUGCAGAUCUACAACAACGAGCUGCAGACCUCCCUUAAUGAAAUGCAGCUGGAGAAGAACCGCUGGCAGGCCCGGUAUAAGGGGCUGAAGGGGCAGCAGGAAGAGCUGCAGAUGCACAGCAAGAAGCUUCAGACAUCUCUGAACGACACCCAGCUGGAUGUGCACUACUGGCAGGCCCGGUACGAGGGGCUGAAGCAGGAGCAAGAGGAGAUGUACACACUCACCAUGGACAUGCAGACCGACGCCAAGCAGCUGAAGACCCACGUCAAGGAGCUGCUCACACACAACAAGGAGCUGCAAACGUCCCUGAAGGACAGACAGCUGGAGUUGAACUGCUGGCAGGCCCAGUGCAACUGGCUGAGGGAGGAGCAGGAAGAGCUGCAGAGCUACAACAAGGAGCUGCAAACCUCCCUUAAUGAAAUGCAGCUGGAGAAGAACCGCUGGCAGGCCCGGUAUAAGGGGCUGAAGGGGCAGCAGGAGGAGCUGCAGGUGCACAGCAAGAAGCUUCAGACCUCCCUGAAUGACACCCAGCUGGAGGUGAACUGCUGGCAGGACCAGUGCAACUGGCUGAGGGAGGAGCUCCAGAGCAGGGACAUCUCGCUGACCGAGCUGGGCAACCACUGCCAGCUGCUCUCCCACCUCAAGGGCAACUUGGAGGGAGAAAACCGUCACCUGCAGAGCCAAAACCAAAGUUUGGAAGAGCAGAACCAGAGGCUUCUCCAGGAGGACGUGGAGAACAAGGACCAGCACCAGGAGGAGCAGCGGCAGUACGUAGACAAAUUAAAUGCCUUACAGAGACAAAAUGAAACACUGGAAGAAAAAAGCAUGGCUCAGCGCAAGUUCCAUGUUCCAGCGCCAAAGAAGAAAAAGCACUGGAUUGGAGCCAAAGCCUUAGUCAAACUCAUCAAACUAAAGAAAGGGGGUUCCAGAGAACGACGAAAGUCAACCUCAGAGAGUCCUCCCUGGCCGCUGGGGUCCUCAGACCAGGCCUCGCCCAGUACUUCUCAGCCUCUUCAAUCUCAGCUGGAGCCCCUCGAGGCCACCCCAUGCUGCUCAAAAGGGUCAGAAGAGCAAGACACCCGCAGAGGGCCCAAGGAUAAAGGCCCUGGGGACCCAAUACCAAAGGGAGUGGCCCCACCCAGAGGCAGUCUUGACUGCACUGAUGCCUCCACUGACCCAGCCACCAAGCCCAGGCCAUCAGAGCUGGGCUCCAGGGCCUGUUCAUCCUCAGCCAUCACUACAGCUCCUUCCAGCUCCACCUCCACCUCCCGGCACCCAGGCCGCACCCACGGAAUUGGUGGCACCAAGCGGCUCUCUAACUCUGGAGGUGAACCAGAAUUUGGGUUAAAAUCAGGCAACAUUGGAGGAUUUUUCUCCAGGGAGGAGACUUGA